AUGCCCGGGGAGUGCCCGUCGCUUUGGGAGCUGGUGGAGGAGCACGUGCCGCCCCCGGAGCGGCCCGAAGUGAAGAGGAUUCUGGGGGAGACGAUGGUGGACCUGAGCCUGGAGCUGCGGGCGGAGGUGGUGAUGCUGCGGUCUCUGCUCCGAGAGGCGCGAUCCUCCCGAGCCGCCGCCUCCGACCCCUCGGCGCUCCUGGCCCCGCCGCCCCGGCUCAGGGACCUCGUGCGCCGGGAGCUGCGGCAGCUGCUGCGGGCCCUCCGCCAGAAGGCCGUCUGCGAGGGCAGGGACCAGGCCCAGGCGUGGGUCCAGUACAGCCCCAGGGUGCUGCGCUUUGCCUUGGAGGAGCCCGGGGGUGAUUUCCCAGCGCAGGAGGCAUUGCAGACGCCAGUGGGUGAGCCCAGCAGCGCCCCUAGAGACCUCCAUCUCCUCAAGGACCCCCUGGGCAUGGCCAACAUUGACCAGGUCGCCAGGCACCUGCGGGGCCUCCUGGAGGAGGAGUGUCACACCUUGGAGAGGGAGAUCCCCGUCCUGCAGCGCUGCCUGGAAGAGGAGUGCACAAAGGCACGCCGGGCCUCUGAAGCCACCCCAGAGCCCACCCUGGCAGAGCUGCAGGAGCAGAAGACAGCCAUGCAGCAGGAGCUGCAGACACCGCUGCCGCCUUCCCGUGUCUCCCCCAGCCACAGGCAGCAGCCCUCGGGGUCCUCCAGCCAGGGCCUCCGACCCCUGCCUCGCCUCCGCGGAGCUGCUGGAGUUUGGGCGAGGCCUCUCCAGUGCCACCUGCCCGCUCCUCCUCUGGAACGCAGGCCUCAAGGCCCGGCUGCUGCCUGCCGCUGGGGACGGAAGCUCCCGUGCAGCCCCGGGGAAAGGCCAGCGUCCACGUCGAUGUCCAGCGCAGUGCCCCGGGCCCCGUCCUGA